AUGAGUGUACCCGCCCUGGUGACCAACUGGCUCUACCAGGUGAUCCAGCCCCAGUACGUCGACAAGGAAACCGUCUACAACCACGUGUGCCAGUUCUUGGGCGUACACUACCGCCAGAACCUUCGGUUUAAGGUGAAAACCCGCGAAUUCAUCGACCCGCAACUGGGCCAGUCAGCCUUACUUGUUAACCUUAGUGGCACGAUUCCUGCGCUGGUGCAACAGGUGUACGCUCCCGGUACGCAUCCCAACCCCGUACCCAUUGACAUUUGGAUCCCGUUCAAUUACCCCGAGCAGAUACCCGUCGUCUACGCCCAGGCCGACCACUCCCACGGUCUCUACCUCCAGGCGAACAAUAACUUCGAUACGCUGGGACGCUUCUACCACCCGAUGCUUCUGCAGUGGCAUCUGGACCCGCGUAACCCGCACAACAACUUGCUCAGCCUUAUGGACGUGGUGGUGCAACUGGUGCUGGCCAAUUCUCCCGUCACUGGCCACCGACCUGAAGCCAUUGCUCCCGCCAAGCCAGCUAAAGUCGGUGCUACUAAUACUGGGACAUCUUCAGGGCCACAAUUAACUCCACAGUCUACGUCAGGUAGCCGCCAGACCACGGGGCCGCCCCUCCCGUUGAAACCACAAACCACGGCUACGGGGCUACAGCCACCGCUACCGCCAAAACCGUACGCACAACAGGAUAAACCACUACCACAUAUCCCCAAUGGUGUUCCUCAGCCAUCGCCGAUGCUGCCACCACCUGUACCAUACCCUCAAAAUCUGCAUUUCCAUCAUCAGCACCGGCAGCAGCCAGCACCGCCCCCCCCUCAUAUGCAUGCGUCAUCCGGACCUCAGCAAUUACCCUAUCCUCAAACGAACACGCCUCAACGGAUACCACAGGCCACAUCUCUUCCGUACCCAGCGCAUACUCCAUCUCCUCAUCAGGCGUUGCCAUACACGGGAUCACCCACGCCCCCUUCACGCAACCAGACCAUCAACCCCGACAUUCUUGACACUGUGGGCCCUGAGUCUUCCACUACCACUUCUGCCAAAGAUCAGCACACUCAACAUCGGGUGAUGGCAGCAGUGGCGCUGGUGGUGCCUCAAAUCCAACCUCCCACCGACGAAAUCGACGCUAACCACGCUAAAACGGAGGUGUUAAGUCAACAGCUUGGCCAUCACCUUCAACAAGCGAAAGAAAAUGAAAAAAUCCUCGAUGGCCAUGUCGACUACCUCCGUCAACAAUUGAGUCUGCUCCAGGCGAGCAACCAGCGGCUCCAGAAAUUGGAGAUUGCCAACAGUGAGGACAAGUCAAUCAUAUACACCGCCAUUGACAACAACGGAACUCCUCAGGCGCCAGUGGAUAUUAAGGACUACGUGGUGCCUGAUCUGGUUCUUGUGGGCCAGCUCUACGAUGUGGUUGCCGACAUCAAAGCUACCAAGGAUUGCAUAAACUUGAUUGGAGGUAAAUUUCCUCAAGCUUCAGAGUUAAUUAACGACGCCAACAUUGAUCAGCUGGUGAAAGUAUUGCGCAAUUUAGGGCGAGAACUUUUUUGGCUUGAGUUGAUGAAGACCGAGGUUGGGCGUGAGCUAGGGUUAAAACAGUAA